CUUUCCCUUCCUUUCUCAACAUCCGAUUCUCUCUCUUCUCUUCUCUUCUCUCUCUCUCUCUCCUCAAAAUCCCACCCAAAAGUUCAAAACCCUAGAUUUCCUCAAUCAUACAUACUGUUUGAAUAUAUCAUCUUCGAUCAGCGAUCGAUCAGUAGAGAGGGUAAGGACAUGUCGACUGCGCCCUCAUCUUCGAACUCCAUGUCACUACCGAACGCUUCGAACCCUUCGAUUUCUGCACAAUUCACCUACUCAAACGCUUCCUACUUUCCGGUGCCUUUCCACGUCCAACAACAAUCCUACGCCGCCGCUCCCCCUCUUCCUCCGCCUCCGGUGAACCUUCCGUCCGUCUACCAGGCCCAGCCUCCCCUCCCCGGAGUUUACACGCUGCCGCAGUAUCAGCAGGCCCAGCAGUUAUUCCAAAGGGAUGCACAAACCAUAACGCCGGAAGCUCUCGAAAGUGUGAAAGCUGCUCUUGCAAACAGUGAAAUUGAGCACAAAGCAGAAACAAAAAAGAAAGCUAUACCUCGUAAAGCUGCUGGGCAAAACUGGGAGGAUCCUACACUUGCAGAAUGGCCAGAAAAUGAUUAUCGUCUAUUUUGUGGUGAUCUUGGAAACGAGGUGAAUGAUGAUGUUCUUUCUAAAGCUUUUACUCGAUUUCCUUCGUUCAACAUGGCCAAGGUUGUCAGAGACAAGCGUACUGGAAAAACCAAGGGCUAUGGAUUUGUUAGUUUUUCAAACCCUUUAGAUCUUGCAGCAGCGUUGAAAGAAAUGAAUGGUAAAUAUGUUGGAAAUAGGCCUAUCAAACUACGCAAAAGCAACUGGAGAGAGAGGACUGACAAUGAUGCCUUGGAAAGACAGAAGAACCACUCUCAAAAGAAACCAAAGCUUCCUAAGAAGAGUGUGUUGCACAAGUGACCCUAGAUCUAACUGGUGGUAACUGAGGUUGAAGAAACGUGGAGCUGUGAAGUCCUUUGGGUCUGUCUACAUGCCGCUGUGACUGAGUUUAUUUACUGUACAAGAGUUGCAUUCACAGCAAAUUUGUAUUCAUAAAAUUUGAACUUUAAAGAGAUGCACCUACUGAGAGGUUUCACUGUACUGAAGGCAAUGAGUCGCACUGAAAGAAUGAAACUUAAGAGAAUGCAUUUGGUUUUACUGGGUUUACAUGACUUAUACUAAUUUUUAAUUCAAUUGCUCUCUGCUUCUACAUUCCA